CUUGUUCAUAAUCCCACAGAGCCAAUUUCCGAUACAAUCAAAUACUAUAAAUACCAUAAAUUGAACUCCUAAUCGGGGUUCCUUUUAUAAAUUUAUUUAUUUAUUUAUAAUAAUAUGGGGAUGUCAAAAAGUAUCAAGGUUAUUCUAUCUCUUGCUCUCGUACUGUUUUUGGCACUUGCAACAACCAAGGUUGAGGCCACAAGAUACAUAAGUUAUCGUGGUAUUAAUCAUGGAGAUCAUGCUAUACAUUGUGACAAAGCCCACCCUAAUACAUGCAAGAAGCAAGAAGCAAAUCCUUACAGGAGAGGAUGCGGGACGCUCGAAGGUUGCCAUCGUGAGACAGGUUGAAAAUGAAUCAACCAACCUGGCAACCCACCCAAUAGCGUAAAAUAUACAUCAAUUCAUUGGUUAAAAAAGUGUUGACAUGUUUCUCAUUGGAGUACCUUGGUUAUUUAUAUACACACUUUACAUCCUCAUAUUCAUUUGUUAAUGAGAUUAUUUUGGCUUUGUAAUUGAUUGUAAUCACAUGAUGUUAUGAUCAAUCAUAAAUAUAUAUAUUAGUCGAUAUUUUGACAAUA